CUUGAACCGCGACCGCGACCGUCGUUCUGAGGAUCGCUGUGACUUGGUCGUGUGCGCCAUGCAAUAGCCUAAUGCUGCCUAGACUGAACACGUCUACCUUAUUGCACCUCACUAGAGCGCACGGGUGGCCUGAGUAUACACACUUCGUCCGUCCGUCAUCCCGACUUGUACACGCCUUGCUUUCUCCAGUCACCACCAUUCCUCACGCACCGUGGCAUGUCAACUUCUCCCGCUCACAGCAGCAUUUCUAGCUCAGCGGGCUCCGUUAGUGGCUUUCCAGAGGAGGACUUGAGGGAAGGCGGUCGCGACAAUCCUGGCUAUUUUGCUGCGAGAUUAGGGCAGCGAUUAGAACGAGGUCGCUAUUGCAUCGUACGCAAGCUCGGCUGGGGCCAAUACUCCAGUGUCUGGCUUGCAAGGGAUCGCGGCCAAGAUAGCUUUGUCGCGCUCAAGAUAUUGACCUGCGAAGCUACCAAAGCCUUGUCGGCCGGUCCUGACCAAAGGUCAGACGAACAGCGCAUGCUAGAGAAGAUCGCAAACGCCGACCACGCUCACCGAGGCUAUCGCCAUAACCUCGCCUACUUGAAUGCCUUCGACAUCAGGGGUACACAUGGACUUCACCGUUGUCUCGUUACAGAGGCCCUCGGAUAUGGCGUCGACUAUAUCCGCAAGCUGCGUGACGAUAACGAUCGUCGCGUUGCGCCCAGCAUAGUCAAGCGAGUGGUACGGCAAGUCUUGCUCGGCUUGGAGUAUCUGCAUGAUGUGUGCGGUAUAGUCCAUACAGAUCUCAAGAACGACAACAUCCUCUUCCGCCCGCGGGAUCUAUGCACCAUCGUCGCGCACGAACUCGCCGAGAACCCGUCAGUCACGUACGACUGUGGAACCGAGGGCAACGCCUCAGUCGUUCCAGUCGUCUCGCAAGUGUUGCCCUUGUCCGUCGAUGCCUCCAUUCAUGAACGGGACCUCGACGUCGUACUCGCCGACGUUGGCCACUCGCACUGGAUCGAGCACCAUUUUCAGGAGCUCAUCCAGCCCGACGCCCUCCGGGCACCCGAAGUUAUUCUCGGCCAUCCCUGGAGCACUCCUGCGGAUAUAUGGAGCGUGGGCUGCCUCGUCACCGAAUGGCUUGUCGGAUUCUGGCUCUUCGAACCCAAUCGCGAAAGAUUGUGGAGCUACGAGGAGGACCAUCUAGCUCGGAUGACUGAAGCUCUUGAUGCCCAGUUUGAAGCGUCUACACUGGAGAAUUGUAAGCAUCGAGACAAAUACUUCAAGCAGGAUGGAACAUUCGCGCAUUUUACGGAUCACGAGGAGCCUACGUGGCCUUUGCGCAAGCUGCUGGAGUCGUUUUCGGAGCUCGGUGACGAAGUCGAUGCGGCUGAAGCCUUCCUGAAGCGGUGUCUGCAACUUGCACCAGAGCGGAGGGCCACGGCGAAAGAGCUCGUUGACGACCCAUGGCUGGCUGCGCCUGCUGUCAGCAAGUAACAGCAUGAUUGUCCGAUUCUGCGAUCAGCGGGGCAUGAGACGGGCCAACGGUAGAUUCCGUCCUUCAUUGGUUCACAGCAUCGCUUUUCCACAUGAAGGCAACAACGAUAUCCCCCGCAUAUACGUACGUGCGCCUGGUUUCCACGUCCGAUUCAGGCAUACGGUGUCGUCUGUUGAUCUGUGUGGUAGCUCGUAUGAACACUCGCUUCGAUCAUCACUUGAUCGAACGAUCUCCAUGAACGUUAUGUUAUGAUCACCACAUGCAUGGACCGCUGGCUAUGGACCCACAGCAGCACGCGAAGACAUCGUGGCGAAAGCGUUCCUGAUACUAAUCUUGCCAAAAAGAGAUUCGCUGC